GCGCUGCAAACUUCGGGCGCCAGAGACGGAGCGUCGGACUGAGGCGGGGAGAGGAGUCAAGCCCCGGCGAGGGGGGCGAGAAGGGAAGCAAAGGCACGGGAGAUCGGUGUGAUUGACUUAAAGUAUAUUAUUACUAGUCCUGUGACCGCCACCAUCCGUACCACAGAGAUGUAACCUUUACAGCUUGAGAAGCCUCAGCAAAGGUCUUCUCUCGUCCACAUGCAGUUUGCAGGUGUUGAUAGCAGCUGCCACCAGCCGUGCCUUGAAACAGAGGAUUACCAACCCUGCGGCAGAGUAGAGUGCAGCCCACCUUUCCUCCAAGGAGCUCAAGACGACAAAUGUGGUUCUCUCUCCACCUUCAUUUUAUCCUCACAAGAACCUUGUGAAGUAGGCUAAGCUGAGAGACUGUGGCUGCCCCAAGGCCACUUGGCCAGCUUCAUUGUCAUGUGGGGACCAGAAUCCUGGUCUUGCUGGUUCUAGUCUGGCACUUUAACCACCGCAAAACACUGGCUCUGUUUGUGGGAAAAUCACAUGAGGUGACUGACUUUAGCUUUCUGCAUCAGUUGAUGGAGCCACUCAGCUGACCGCCUGUCACUGCUGCUUACCAAAAGGUGGAGGAAAGAGGUUGGCACAGUGGAAAUGUACUGGCAAGAACACUGGAUUGACACCACUGAUGUGUUCGUACUGCGCUGACCUCACUGCUGUCACCUUCCCUCUCCUUCCAAGUAAACGGCAGCAAUACGGGCAGCAGGUCAGGAGAAGAAUACGGCUUGUGUGUUGAAAUUUGUCACACCUACAGAGAACAUGGGGCUGAUGGGAGGAUCCAAAAUUAUGGAGAACCGGACAAGACUAACUAAAACGGACCUCUACUCCAGGCUGAACUUGCCACCAGGCUUUGAGCAUCCCUACGAUGACCUGCUUGCUGACCCCAAGCGAGAUCUGAAGGAUAGCACCAAUUUGGUGGAGGUGCAGAUCGUCCUCAUCUGUGCCUACUGCGUCAUCAUUUUGCUCGGGUUAGUGGGCAACUCCUUGGUGAUUCACGUGGUGAUCAAGUUCAAGAGCAUGCGCACGGUGACCAACUUCUUCAUUGCCAACUUGGCCGUGGCCGAUCUGCUGGUGAACACGCUCUGCCUGCCGUUCACGUUAGUUUACACAUUGCUGGGAGAAUGGAAGCUGGGUCCUGUGCUGUGCCACCUUGUGCCAUACGCCCAAGGCCUUGCUGUUCAGGUAUCCAUAGUGACGUUGACUGUGAUAGCCUUGGACCGGCACCGCUGCAUUGUGUAUCACCUAGAGAGCAAAAUCUCCAAGAGGAUCAGCUUCUUGAUCAUUGGGGUGGCCUGGGCUGUCAGUGCCAUCUUGGCCAGUCCUCUGGCUAUCUUCCGGGAGUAUUUCUCCAUUGAGCUCAACCAGGACUUCAAGAUAGUGGUCUGCGCUGAGGCCUGGCCCAGGGAAGGGCUGGUCAAUUACAGCACCAUCUACAGCGUCUUGAUGUUCCUGAUCCAAUAUGUCUUGCCUCUGGCCAUCAUCUCCUAUGCCUAUAUCCGUAUCUGGAGUAAGCUAAAGAACCACAUCAGUCCCGGGGCGGCGGGGGACCAUUACCACCAGAGGCGUCGGAAAACUACCAAGAUGCUGGUGUGUGUCGUGGUGGUGUUUGGGGUCUGCUGGCUGCCCUUCCACAUCUUUCAACUCGUCAGCGAUAUUGACAGCAACGUGUUGGAUUUGCAGGAAUACAAACUGAUCUACACGCUCUUUCAUGUCAUUGCUAUGUGCUCCACUUUUGCCAACCCGCUCCUCUAUGGCUGGAUGAACAGCAACUACAGAACAGCUUUCCUGACUGCUUUCCGGUGCGAACAGCGGCUGGAUUCCAUCCACCCAGAGGUAUCGCCUGCACUGAAAGCCAAGAAGAAGCUGGAAGCCAAAGAGGAGCAUUGCAAUGGACCCCCGUUUUCGCAGCCUACAAGUGUCUAGGGGGUCAAACUAGAUGUGGCAGUGGGCAUACACAUACACAUACCCGUCGCGCUCUCUCUUUUUGCAGCUAACAGGUAUGGUGGCGAUAUGGAUUGGGACCAGGGGCAGAGGGGGAGAAAAGCCAUUUAAUCUUUCCCCUGUCCGAUCUUCCUGAUGGAAAUGGCUCCUCCCAGCUGGCAUUUGGAAAAGCAAAAGUGCAAGUAGCAGAUGGUGGAGCAGGGGGUCAUGAGUAGGAAAACAAUGUAGGCAGAAAGGAUUAAGCCCUUUCCCCUUGUGGCUCUGAUCCAAUCCUCACCCAAUUUGCAUUUGCACUGAUUUUAAAGAGAGAGAAGUGCAUUCACACAUCUCUGUUGCAUUUCUUGUUUGACCCUAAGAAAGCAGUGAAGCUGGACGAAGAAUGUGAGUGAGUGCAAGGGGAAAUAGUUUGAUGCUGAUGUAUUGUUGGGUGUGCUCAGAUGUGCUGCUGAUUCAUAGAAAGCUUAUGAACUGGGUGCAAUUUGAGAACGUUCCCUACAUUUUCAAGGCCAUUUGUCAUCAAGUAUAACGUCAACUCCAAAGAACUAUAAAAGACUAAGCUGGUGCUUGGUUGCGUACAGUGAAUUCAGAAGCACAGCCAGCAGUAACACAGAAGAAAAGGGUUUGCCAUUGUCAAUGCACAUUUUAAAAAGUGAGGAGACAAGACAUUGGUAUUUGGAGGCAGAUGACAAUAAACAUUUGACUGCUUGGAACAUUGCACAGUCCUUUGAGGCCACAGGAUCAAACUACCCUCUAGUGGCAAAGCUGCAAAUGGUUGUUGAAGUUGAAACUUGCUGCAUCUUUCUUUUUGAAAGAAGUGGGUUUCCUAAAAGUCGUAGUGUACUAUGGUUUCUCUCUCCCCCCCCCCCCCGAUUUAUGUGAAAGUUGUGUUUCCCUGUUGAAGUUAAAAACAAGGUCAGCAAAACAUCUACCUUUUAGCCACUUGCAAUGAAAUUCUGGAAGGCAAACCACACUUGAAGUUUGUAUAAUGAAAGUGGUACCCAGCUUGGUAUUGUGCAAUCUGUUAGUGAUGGAUUGAGCACCUGCAUGGCAUCCUGUGAACCAUAUGUGCCAGCUUGGCCCUGCGACCAUGGAUGCCCGGGGCUGUGGGUGACAUGCAGUGUGCAUGGCCCUGGCACUGAAAUUUGUGGGUGCCUGGCCCUUUCAUGGGGAAUUUUGUGGGUGCUUGGGCACCCAGGACCUCAGGGAGUUUGCACUUAUGCUGUGAACUGUUUUUGUAGUCCUUUUUGGGAAGGAGAAGGUCGGGGGGGGGGGAAGAGUUUUAAAUUAAAGUGGUCCAAACUUUUCUGCAAUUGGUUCUGACAGUAGCGGACAUAGUUUUCUUUGUUCCUUUACAAUGAUAUUGUACUAUUCAUCUGCUUACCAAUAGCACUAUGCUUAUUUCUUCUGCUAAUUUGUUUUAGCAGAGACCAAAAACUUCCCCUCUCAAUGAUCUUAGCGCUCAGCUAUUUUGCAGUCCUGUCUUGUACCCCCUCCCUCUGCCUUGUCAGACCAGUGUUGCCAAAAAUUUAACAGGAUUCACAGGGGUGCUGUGGUACCAAUUCAUGGUCUUUCAAACAUUUCAGUUAAAAAUCUGAGCCUGCUAAUGGCAAGAUUAGUAAUGGGCGAGGAACUAAGAAGUCAAGCAAGUGUACUGGUGUGGAUCCCUGUUUAUUCUCAAGUCAAGUCUGGGUAUUUUGGGUGCCUGCAUGCCUUUAUGUGAGGGAACUGCAAAUGCUUGAUCUUUCAGGUAUCUUAUAGCUUGAUCCAUACCUGAGUGAUUGAAGGUAAUCCUGUUUAUUCUCAAUGGUGUUAAAUUGAGUCGGAUCCUAGUAUUCAUUUUAAAUGGAUUGCAGAUUGAGCUGCUGGCACCAUUAACACAUCAUGUUUGAAACUCUUCCUGCUUUAUUGCUAGAUGCUAAAAAAUGACAGUAGAAGCACUGCCCAUCUUGCUCAAUGGUAAUGUGUGUUUUUUGUUUUGUUUCUGUUCUUGUGGUUUAUGCUUUUAUGUCACGCAUCUUGCCUGGGAUCUGUGCCCGUCAUUGCACUCUGUGCAAUUAAAUACGUUCAAAUAGAAUGCAAGCUAGACAUCCGUAUGCUGCUGUGUAUACCACCAAAUGAAGUUUGCAUGUGUGUUUGUUAAGAGUUCCAUUCUGUUUGCUCAGGUAUAUGACUUGACUCUCCUGUAAAUGCACAGCUAUGAAUGGCAAUGCACACUUCUUCAGCAUAUAUGGUUUGCCUUUUUUUAAAAAAAACACCCCCAAACCCUGGAAUCAUUAAAGUUAUCAAAACAAAG